UCCAGGAAUACCAUGUAAGAGACCUUCUGUAGGUAAUUUCUGGCUGAGUUUUGAAUUUUUUCUAAGGGCAGGUGAGCAAAGGGCAUGGGUGUUGCGUGCAUGAACGGGCCUCUUUUCCGGGAUCGGCCUCAACGCAACUGAUUUUGUGGCGAGCCCAACCUUGCUUCAGAGCGUGACUCAGAGCAGCAGUUCAGGAGGAAAGGAAAAGAAAAACCAAGUGGAAGUGAAACACUGGCAGCAACGUAGAACGGAGCUUUCAAAACACUCCAUGGCAAGCACCGUCUUCAUAGCCAACGUCUGACCACUGCUUGGGCAUGGAAUGGAAGACGUGGCUCCACUUGCCUCUAUGCUUCCCCCCCAGGAAAAUACCUGCAAGAGCUCAGUGACAAGCACCAGAUCAGGAGGGCUGGAUCCCGAGAGGUAACUGGCCUCCUUAUCAUGGCUUCGGGGGAAAGUCAAGCUGAGAAAAGGGAGUUGUCGUUCUCCGUUGCUUUCUGUCACAGUCAAACAGAGGACUUCUCUGUCUCUGGGAGAAACGGGUUUCAGAAUGGGCUGGUGCUCCUGGUCCUUACAGCUCACCAGGCCUGUUUUUCCACGCCAUUCGAUAUCAAUCUGUGGUCAGAUAGGCUGAGAAACCUGGGGAUCGAGAUGUCUGUUGAUCAGUGGAAACAUCUAAUCCAACAUGCCGUUUUGGAGCCAGAAGUGAGAAACUACUUAUUCUACAACUCCAGGGCUUUUGGAAUAUCCAUUGCUGUGGUUCUCUACAUGAUUCUCUGGGUCAAUCUUUAUUCCACACUAAAGGCAUUUUCCGUAGGACCUUCCUGGGAAGUUGGCAUCAUAGUCACUGUAAUGGCCUUAGUGGCCGCUGUGGUUGUCCGACUCGUAAUCCAUCGAUGCCAAAGCAAGAUGAAUAUGAAUACUGACAUGAGGUUGGCAGCUGCAAAUGAGGUUUUCAUGAAACGUGAAUUUUUGGUGGGCUUCACCAAUCUUCCAGACAAGCAUCACAGCGUUCCACAUCUGUGGUUUAUCCAUUACAAGGUGGAACCCUGCCUUCAGUCCUUGGCAGACACUUUGGUCCACAUGAAGAGGAACCAGGGGUCUACAUGGAAGCACAACCUGGACAAACUCUGCCUUGUAAUAGAGAGCCCUGUCAUCUCUGCUCUGGGAAACAAACCAGCCAGCACUUUGGAAGAGACCCCACUGUUAUCUGAGAGAAGGAAUAGCAGUAGAGGAGUCAUUACAUAUCGGGAGCCUCUCCGUCUCAUCCCCGAUGGAGCCCCAGAAGAGAUGGCCCAACAUCUGUUGACAAUCUUCAGUGGCUACUACGUCAGGCUGUUGGUCAGUGGUCAGCUUCCAAGGGUCCCCUCAGGAUGGCAUGUAAAUCUUGCCCAUGUCCCAUGCCUCUGUCAAUUCAUUGAAACCACAGUGCUGGGGAAGAGAUCUUGAAGUAAGAAGAGUCCAAUGAGUUCUUACAAUCUCCAUGUGUGAAUUCCAGUUGAAGAUCACCCUCUGACACAAAAGAAAGAGAAUCAGACAAAUCUACAGCUUGGAAAAAAACCCAACAAUGAAUGACCUUCUUCAUAUGUUGGUAACUGUCAUCGUUUUGAUACAGUCAAACCAAAAUGGAGAUUGUCAUCAAGAAGUCUGAAGAAGAAUACAAUUUGAAAUACCAACUACCGAGUAUUAGAUCCUCAAGCGUAAAGAUAUAUCACUUAGAUACCAAAAUCAGAAGCAUCCAUCCCAUAGCAUUUCUAAUUUCUAUGGGCAUCAAAUCUAACAGAAACAGGAUCAACACAAUUGAAAUGUAGUUCUGGAGGACAGUACUACGGAUACAAUGGACUACCAAAAUGACUAAUAAAUGCAUGUUUGAACUCUCCGUAGAAAGCAAAA